AUGAAUGAUACUCGAAGAAGUGCUGCCAUUGUUUCUCGAGAAGAUAACUGUCACUUUCUGAGAGUGGACAAGCAUGACUUCAUUCGCAUACUUCGGGACGUUGAAGCUAACACCGUCCGUCUAAAGGAACAUGGCAAGGUGGUAUUGGUGCUGGAAAAAAAUCCACAGUCAACUGGGAACAACUUACAAACGGCAGUACCCUGCAAUCACAAGUACACAGUUAUGUCUGGUACAGCUGAUAAAAUUCUGGAACAUUUGCUGGAAACAAUGAGGUUGGAUUCAACACUCAACAAUCCUGAAGACUCUUUUGCUGGUGAUUUCCUCUUGACUCACAGUGUAUUCAUGCCAACUGCUCAGUUUUGCCAAGCACUGCUCCAUCAAUUCAAUGUGGAGCCAUCAGAAGUGAAUGAACCUGAAAAGGCCACAUACUCCUUUCACAAGAGGCAGAACAUUGUACGACUCGUCAACCUCUGGGUAGAGCUUUAUGGCCAGUUGCUGGAGGCUGAGCCAUGUGCUAAAAGCUUUCUGGAGAAACUCUCAGAAUACAUCAGUAGAGACCCUCGUUUACUUGCAUGUUUGAAAGAAAAUCUGCAGGAGAGAAGGAAAAACAAAACACUGGAGAUCAGCAAUGGAAACGUCUCUCCACAAAUAAAGGUUUACAACUAUGGGAACCUUCUUUCCAGUGUAGACGAAGACCACCCCAGUAACUUGUAUAUCAUUCGAGUCCAAGACAAAGUGCCCUAUGACAUAUAUCUUCCAAAUCAUUCUUGUGUGACCAAUAUGUUUGCUGUAAAUGCAACUGUACAGGACGUGCUAUCAAUCCUGGCCACAAAGACUGGCUUUAGCAGAGACCAAGUCCUGGUGAAAGUCAACUCAAUGGGAGAAAAAAUAUGUCUAAAACAUGAGGACACUGGAGUAUUCACAUCUCUGGGUUUGAACGAGAGACUCUUUGUCUGUAGUGUUCAAGAGAUGAACACGCUGACUCCUAUUCCUGAGCAAAUGGGCCCAAACAGCAGUAGCUAUGAUAUGUUGGAUCUCAUCAGCUCAAAAGACCUGGCUCAUCAGAUGACAGAAAAUGACUGGAAUCUGUUUAAGAGCAUUCACCAGGUGGAGCUGCUGUUUAAUACAUUUGGGAAGCAGAAGUUCCGUAACUCAACGACUGCUAAUCUAGAGCGGUUCAUAAGGCGGUUUAAUGAAGUCCAAUUCUGGGUUGCAACUGAAGUGUGUCUGUGCCAAGAUGAAGAAAAGAGAGCACUGCUCCUGCGAAAGUUCGUCAAGCUGGCAGCAUACCUCAAGGAGCAGAAAAAUCUAAACUCUUUCUUUGCUGUCAUGUUUGGUCUCAGUAACACAGCGGUCAGUCGCUUGUCCAAGACCUGGCAGCGCCUGCCACACAAAAACACGAAAGUUAUACUCCAUCUUUGAAAGGUUGAUGGAUCCUUCCUGGAAUCACAGAUCUUAUAGACUGGCUGUGGCAAAACUCAGUCCACCUCUCAUUCCAUUCCUUCCACUUAUCUUAAAAGACCUGACCUUCAUCCAUGAGGGCAAUAAAAAUACAGUGGACAACCUUGUAAAUUUUGAAAAAAUGCGCAUGAUUGCAAAGACCAUACGGAUGUUUCACAGUUAUCGCAACCAGAGCUACAUUCCCCUGUCGCCACUUCGAUCUCGGCCUCUUCAUCUCCUUGAGGAUGCUGCAGCAGUCCGGAUGUCUGCAUGUUCAGAAUAUUCAGUGAACUUUAGAAGUCCAGCAGCUACAUGGGCUUAUAUCCAACACAUGAAGGUCAUUGACAAUCAGAAGAGACUAAUGGAGCUGUCCCGAAGCCUUGAACCAUCCUGA